CACUCGGCUCGUGACAGCAUCGUUGAGUGUGUGUGCUUUAUCAGCAGCUCACGCCAAAUCACGCAGGUAUCGGAUCUUUACACACGACGAGGGAGUUCAUCAAGCCUGACCUGCCGUCCUCCAGAGAGCUGAAAGGUCCUGAUCUUCCAUACCAACGAUCCAAGAGGGAAUCGACUUCGUCAAACUCUCAAGAAACGUCUGUGGUGGAAAUGACUCCGAAAAGCCUUCUUACUUUUGGAUGAGAUUGGAUUCUUUGCAGCCUUCUAUCUUCACACCUUGUUUAUUUUUUUUCAGUUUAAUGAAAUCCUCUUCAUGGGAUAAUAUUUUCUGGGUUGGACUGCGUUUAACCUGAAGAAAAUGACUGUCAGGUCUGUUUGAUUUGAGGAUUUGAAGAUAAACAUGAUUUUAAGGUGUGCUGUUGUUUUUUCAAGACUUGCGAAUUGAAGAUUUUGUCAGAAUAACAAGCCUGACUUUUGGUUUUUCUCACCUGAGGCUUGUGCUGUUAUUGAGGAUACAAUCAUGGUGAUGUCACAGGGUACCUACACUUUCCUGGCAUGUUUUGCUGGAUUCUGGCUGAUUUGGGCUCUUGUCGUGAUGGUUUGCUGCUUCUGCAGCUUUGUGCAGCGUAAACUGAAGCGCCGGCGUGAUGAGAGAUUGAGGGAGCAGUGUCUGAGGGCCUUGGAGAUGGAGCCUUUGGAGUGUACAGGAGCGACGUACUCUCUGAGAGAACCACCUCAGUUCUGUCCACUGCCUCAAUUGAUGUCUCCACAGCUGCCAGUCGCUCAUACCAUUCCUCAAGGGAGCUGGACGCCACCACCAGCUCCCGUCCACACUGUGGAUAACGACGCCUGUGGAAAGCCGCCUUGCUACGAGGAGGCCGUACUGAUGGAGGAUCCUCCCCCCCCUUACAGCGAGGUCCUUGCCGAUCCCAGGGGUGGAACGUACACCAAACCGAAACUGAGAUCCUCCAGGGAGCAUCAGGAAUCAGAGACCAGAAAGAUGGUGCCCGUGACGGUGUUUUCCGAGCGUGGCUACUCGUCACUGAUCCGCUUGCCCUCAGCCAGGCGCUGGGACUCUCUGGACCACCUGCUCUCCAACGUGGACCUUAACCACUCCAGCAUGGCGUUGGAGCCGCACGCCUCGGCGAUGGCCACGAUGCCCCGUGACGGCCGCAUUCACAUGGACUUAGGCCUACGCAGCCUACGACCGCUGGACCACAGCUACGGCCUGCCCACUGCUUUCCCUCUGCUGGGACGAAGCACGGCCGUGUGAACAAUUUAUGUGGACCACUGUGUGACUUUCAGAGGAAAAGCAUCAGGACUUUCUCCAAAAGACUCAAAAGACUCUCAGUUGCUUCAUUUCAAGAGGAAGAAUAUGUAUGACAGAUGUAUUUCUCCAUCUCUUUCUUUCUUUCUUUCUUUCUUUCGCUGUGUGGCGUCCCUGCCUGAUGCAGAGCCUUAGCUAUUAUGUGAGCAUUGUUGCCAUGGUUCCUGGGCCUCUCUUCUUCCUCUUUUUUUUCUUCUCAACAGCCUUGGACUGAUGUAACAUGAGCAGGAUUUGAAAUUCUGUUUUGUAAAGUAGAUACAGCACAGGGUCGCAGCAUAGCAAAACCUUCAUGGUCUGUACUGUAUCGUAUCAACGCCUGGGAGUCGGACUGCGUUAGAACCGAGGCUUAAAUGAACAUUUUUAAUGUUUUCUAAGAAGAUCCAUCACUCCUUCUGGCUUUUGUUGACAGAUCGCAUCUUUUUCUGGAAUUUUUAAGUUAACAUUGCAUACUAUACUGUUUAAUAAACGAGGUUUCUUUUCCUCUUUACAUCAUUGACGGGAUGGUUUUGUAAAAUAAAUAAUAAUUAUAAUAUUAAUAAUAACACAAUCAUAAGCAACUGUCCUGGUGCAGUCUGUCUCUCAGACGAGGUUCAACAUGCUGCUCAAGUGUACAAAAUGUACUGUAUAAACUGUGAAAAAUGACCUUGCUGCUCUAACAAGGUAAUGAAACGAUGAAAUACAGAAAGUUUUUUUUUUUUUGAGGAUCGAAUAUAUGUUCUUUAGAAUAAUGACGCGCUCUAAAAGAAGCAUUUGAACUGAACAAUUCGAUAAGCAUCUGGUGUCUUCAUUUGCUUGGAUCGUCUCUUGUAGCUUUUAAUUCAUUAGCACAUGCGGGUAAAAUGAGAGACAACCAUUGAUUUUUUUGUGUUUAAAAACUUUUAUACUGACGCAUUUUUCAUGUCCUGGUUUGUUUCUCAGACUGAACACGUGGUUACACCGAAACCUCACAAAGAAUGUGAAUUAAA